AUUUUACCAAUUUUGGGAUAACUACGAUUUGUCUAGCGAAAACACGGAUCAGUGAUGCCAACUAAAUAUCAUGCAUUGACAUUCGAUAAUAUCAAUCUACUGUCGGUAACAUAAAUGUCUAUCUAGAUGGUUUUACUUACAGAGUACGUGAGAUUCAUCCUGGAGUUAAAUAUCGCUAAUACAUUGAGAUGUAGCAUUAAACGCGAAUAUGUAAAGUCAUCCACUUCGCAUGCCAGAAUAAAUGAAUCGAUCGUGGAAGAACUGCGGACGAUCUUCAAAUUUAAGGACACCAAGCUCAGCAACUGGAUUGUAGAGAAUAAGGCAUAUGCAUUAUGCGCCAGGUAUACAGAAAGCAACAAAAAAGAUCGUCAGCGAAUUUUGCGGACGCUGGCUUCGCAGUACGCUGUCCAACGUGACUUUGUAUGCCAAACAGCAAACAAGUACUUAGCCUGUAAGUCUGAAGAUAAAGAGCAGAUGAUUGUUCAUGAGAGAAUGCUGAGGAAUGUUCUUACACCAGCUUAUCACUGGUUGUUUGUUAUUAUAGGAAGGUUGCAGCAUGGUGUAAAGUUCUUGGUUAAUCUGAGAACCGAUGUUCUGGAACUAUUGUCAGAAAUGGAAGACAAUGAUGAAAGUAUAAUGAUACAACAGUUGAAUAAUACUUUGCAAAAUCUGCUUCUGCUUUGGUUUUCAGUAGGUUUCUUGCACCUGGAACGCGUAACUUUGGAAACUGCAUCUGAUAUAUUGCAAAAGGUUUCUGAUUACGAAGCCAUACAUCCUACAAGAAAUUGGUCGGAGUUGAAACGUAGAUUUGGACCUUAUAGAAGAUGUUACAUAUUUACGCAUCCAUCGAUGCCAAGAGAACCUCUUGUUCUCUUGCAUACAGCACUGUGCGAUGUUAUACCAGAGACUCUAAAGGGUAUCGAUGAAGCUGAAACUAGAAUUCUGGGAAGUGCAAAGAAGAAUGUAACAUUCUUAGAAGAAGAUAAAUCGAAAAUAACAGCAGCGAUAUUUUAUUCUGUAGCAUCCACUCAAAAAGGAUUGCAGGGAUUCGAGCUUGGUAAUUAUCUGAUAAAAGAAGUAGCUAAUGCGAUCACGACUGAAUUUCCAGCAGUGCAUCUAUUGUUCAGCUUAUCACCCAUACCGAACUUCAAGAAUUGGUUACUCGGAAAAUUGAAACAAGAUAUGGCCUUAAUACUUACCACACAAGAAUCCGAAGUUAUGAAAAACAUUUUGAAAACGAGGGAUGUGGUAUCAGCUUUAAACAAAGUUCUGAAUAAUUCAUCGUGGAUAGACGAUACGCAGUUAUCACACUUUUUGAAGGAGCCGCUACUUCGAGCAUGCGCGUGGUACUUGUACAAGGAAAAGAGACGCGGCUAUGCUUUCAAUAACGUUGCUAAUUUCCAUUUACGUAAUGGUGCUACGAUGUGGCGGAUAAAUUGGAUGGCUAAUCCUUCGUCGAUUGGACUAGCAAACAGUUGCGGUAUAAUGGUUAAUUAUAGAUAUUUCUUGGACAAAUGUGAGGCGAACAGUCGAAAUUACAUUGAAAAUUUCGUCAUAAAUGCCUCAGAAGACGUAAUCAAUCUCGCCAGACUAGCGGAAAUGUCGAGAUUAUGUAAUACAGUUCUGAAAGAAUCAUAAAAGAAUCAUAUAAUAAAUAAGGGGCUAUGAAUGAAAGAAUAUCACAAGAUAAUGACCAUAACGAUGAUAAUAAAACAUGAUUGAUGCAUGGUAAAGGUCUAGUUUAUUGAUAAAAAAAUUCUCUUUAUUACUCUUCAAAUUUUAUGUUUUUAUUAAAGAUUAUUAAAUUUGUUCAUUUAUACAAUAGCUGAUUUGUUUCCAGCUUAAAGACAGCACAGUGGUCUGCAGACAAGUCUAGAACAGAUAACGUAAUUUCUAUUAUAAUUUAAAAGUGAUUUCUAUUGCUUGUUUUACAGAAUAAUCAUAUAGAAGAGCAUGGAGAAAUAAUCGACAGGAUCGAUCGUCUUCAAACAGCAUUGAAAGUACUAAAUUACACAGUUUCCACUCUAUUUGUUAAUACUUAAUAUAUUUUACAAAUCUUUAUAUAAAACAGAGAAUAAAGUUGCAUAUAUAUACCUGUA